UCGACUUUCCUUUUGUUAAUCAUUUAAUUCAACACUUUUGCGUGUCGCUCAGGCUUCUGCAAAUCUGUUUCAUAUGCCCAAAAUCAAAGACUGCUCAUCACGUAUUUGAGAUCUUACAGUCAACGGGCACUCAAUCACCGCAAUUUUGACCUGUGAUUGUAUUCAACCGUCGCCAAGAUGGACAUGCUCCCCUGGAUCUCAUGGCUCUUUGGCUGGAUUUACUUCACGUGCUGGAGUCUUUCCUUUUACCCACAAGCCAUACUGAACAACCAACGAAAGUCGACAACAGGGACCACAAUUGACUUUCCCCUAUCCAACUGUCUGGGUUUCUUCUCUUACUUCAUCUACAACCUUGCUUUUUGCUAUUCGCCCAUCAUCCGCAGCCAGUAUGCUGCGCGCAACCAUGGGCUUGAGCCAACCACGCGGUUGAACGACGUCGUCUUUGCCCUUCAUGGGUUCAUCCUCUCUUGCGUCACGACGAGUCAGUACAUUCCUGGCCUAUGGGGCGGAUUUGAACGCGCCCCCGUCAGCCAACGUCCGAGCCGCUGGAUGCUGGGCAUCAUCACCGGCUGCAUCAUCGGCGUCGCUUGCGUGUUCCUCUUCGUGGCCGGCAGGGAAGGCCCAGGCACGGACCCGGCGCGAGACUGGUGCUGGCUCGACGUUAUGUACGCCGUGAGCUACGUCAAGCUUAUCGUCACCCUCGUCAAGUACACGCCGCAGGUUAUAGUGAACCAUCGCAACAGAAGCACAAAGGGCUGGAGCAUCUCGCAGAUCGCCCUGGACUUCUCGGGCGGCCUCCUCAGCAUCGCGCAGCAGAGCAUAGACAGCUACCUGCAGCACGACUGGUCGGGUUUCACCGGCAACCCGGUCAAGCUGGGGCUUGCUAACGUAUCUAUGAUCUACGACAGCAUCUUCUUUGCGCAGCACUACGUCCUCUACCCGUCGUCCGCUUUGGCUAAGGGACCUGAGGCUGAGGGGCUUUUGGGGCGUGACGAAGAGGAAAGGAGAUUGGACUAGGCUGUAUCAUAGACAUGUUAUUCAUGUGUUUGCGGUUUGGGUUCUGUUUGCAUCUGUCCAUACAUAUCAUUGCAUUGAGGCCACUCCGGGGCUUAACGAGGAGCAUAGCGCAUGUGAUUUUUGAGUAGCGAAACACCAGCGUUAGUCACCGAUUAUUAGCAAAUAUGGGG